AUGGAAGUCGACAGCACACAAGCUCUCAAACCCUUCGAUCUCAACUCGCCACUGUCUAGGGGUUCUAUGGACCAUUCGGAGUUUCGGAGCCACGAGAUGUCGGAGGAGGUUCAAAUGACGGUGAACGUUCAGGAACCGGAUGAGUCUCUUUCUUCUGGUUCCCCGGCAGGUGUUCCGACGAGAUGCCCCUUGAGUGCGGCCACGAGAGUCCAGAAGGUUUACCGGGGCUAUCGAACUCGGCGUAUGUUAGCAGACUCCGCUGUGGUUGCUGAAGAGCUCUGGUGGCAAGCGAUAGAUUAUGCGCGAUUAAAUCUCAGUACGAUAUCCUUUUUCAAUUUCUCGAAGCCAGAAACAGCAGCAUCGCGGUGGAAUCGUGUUAGUUUGAAUGCUUCAAAGGUGGGAAAGGGUUUGUCUAAAGAUGCCAAGGCACAAAAGUUGGCUUUUCAACACUGGAUUGAAGCUAUUGAUCCAAGGCACCGAUAUGGGCACAGCUUGCAUCUUUAUUAUGAAGAGUGGUGUAAGACUAAUGCUGGUCAGCCCUUCUUCUACUGGCUGGAUCUAGGCGAUGGCAAAGAAGUUGAUCUCGAAGAGUGCCCAAGAUCAAAGCUUCGUCAACAAUGCAUUAAGUAUCUUGGACCCCAAGAGAGAGAACAUUAUGAAUACGUGGUUGUUCAUGGGAAAAUAUUGCACAAACAAACUGGAAUACCUCUUGAUACAAACAAUGGAUCGAUGGGUUUGAAAUGGAUAUUUGUGAUGAGCACCUCUAAGAGACUUUACACUGGAAAGAAAAAAAAAGGAUAUUUCCAUCAUUCAAGCUUUCUUGCUGGAGGGACUACUUUAGCCGCCGGGAGGCUCAUCGUGGAAGAUGGAGUACUUAAGUGUAUCUCAGCUUACAGUGGACAUUAUAAGCCAACUGAUGAUAGCCUUGACAGCUUUUUAUCAUUUUUAAAGGAAAAUGGAGUCAACCUGGAUGAAGUUGAGAUACGAAAGGCAAAUGAUGACUAUGAGUGUUAUGAACGCCGAAAACCUGCUAAAGCUCAGUCUGCAACUGAAGUGUCGUCGAUCUCAGAUUCCAUUCAACCUGAUCUUCCCUUUGAAGAGGAAAAAGACCAUUCUUCAGAAUCAACCGAAGCUCCUCAGACUGAAACUAAAGUCGAGUACAAGAGGACGCUCUCUGGUGGUCUUCAGAGCCCUAAAGCAGAUGUCCCAAAGAGAGCAAUAUUGCAAAGGAUUAAUUCCAAGAGGGCCGCCAGUUCAUAUCAGUUAGGUCAACAACUCUCCCUCAAAUGGUCAACUGGUGCUGGCCCCAGAAUCGGUUGUAUUGCUGAUUACCCUGUUGAAUUGAGAUUACAGGCAUUGGAACUCACUAAUCUCUCACCACGAACUUUUCAUGAAUCAUCGACCCCAAGGAGGAUUGCUGCUAUUUCUUCACCUACAGUUUGCAGGCAAAAAUUUAGUAAUGGAAAUAUAACGAGCUCUUGA